UGGGCGGAGCUUCUGCAGUCGCAUUAAACCGCAGUUCUGACCGUUAGUAGAGCUAAAAACCGGCAGUUUGGAGCAGAAAACCUCGGAAAAACUGGAUUAUUUUUUCAAGCGGGAAGAGCUUCCACUUUGAGUCACUCGACUUUGGAGACAGUGAUGAUGUUUGCAGUUCUUCCCGGUAGUGUGGUGCACGGUGCGGUCGAGCUUGUCUCGGGCUCGACUGGGAGCGGAGAGUUGGUGAACAGAGUGGAUCAGAGUCGCUUUGGGGACUAGUGCGCCGAUACAGCUGCCCCGAGGAGAGCUGCUGGGCCGGGACACAUCAGAUCUCAGGAGGUGUGUUGUGUCCUCCUGUUUGCAGCUACCAGGAUGCAGUUCUCAGUCAGACUGAGCCUCUGCCUGCUGGGCUUCGUUCUCGUCUCUCUGUUUCCUCAGCCAGCGCGGGGCCAAGUUUCAUCGCCCCGGCGAUUUCGCGCCAAAAUCCUGAGCCCCAACAAGCUGCAUGUGUCGUGGAAAGAGCCGAAAGGAGCGUUUGAAAGCUACAAGGUUGUUUACACCACACUGCCAGAUGGAGAGCAGAAGGAGGUUCAGGUUUCGAAGCAGGACGCAAAGCUGGUCAUCGGAGACUUUGACCCCUUGAAAGAAUACAACUUUAAGAUAUUUGCGGUCAGUGGACAACAACAGAGCAAACCACUUCAGGCCAAACAUGAAGCUCAGCGAUCAGGCAUCGCGAUGGUUCAGUCUCAAAGGACACGAGAUAGCAGUGUCACGGCGGAGAACAACGAGAUCUCAGAAGCUGAAGAGGGGUUUAUGUGUAACACUGCGGCCAUAUCCGACAUUGUUAUUCUGGUGGAUGGAUCCUGGAGUAUCGGCCGCAUCAACUUCCGGUUGGUCAGGACGUUCCUGGAAAACCUGGUCAGGGCGUUCAAUGUGGGGUCUGACAAGACCAGGAUCGGCCUGGCUCAGUACAGUGGAGACCCCCGGAUCGAGUGGCAUCUUAACGCUCAUAGCACCAAAGAGGCUGUGAUCGAUGCUGUGAAGAACCUGCCGUAUAAAGGAGGGAACACACUGACAGGUCUGGCUCUGACCUUCAUCCUGGAGAACAGCUUCAAACCAGAGGCUGGGUCCAGGCCCGGCGUUCCCAAGAUAGGAAUCCUCAUCACUGACGGGAAGUCGCAGGAUGACGUGUUGCCCCCUGCACGGAACCUGAGGGACGCUGGGAUAGAACUGUUUGCUAUCGGUGUGAAAAAUGCAGAUGAGCUCGAGCUGAAGGCGAUCGCCUCUCCUCCCGAGGAAACCCACGUCUACAAUGUGGCAGACUUCAGCGUGAUGAGCGACAUCGUGGAAGGACUCACCAAGACCGUGUGCGACCGAGUGGACAAGCUCGACAAGGAGAUCAAAGGUGGAGCAGCACCUGCCCCUCCACCCACCUCCGUGUCUCCACCCCGCGACCUGGUGACGUCUGAUAUCACGGCUCGCAGUUUCAGGGUGGCAUGGACGCAUGCACCGGGUCAGGUGGAGAAGUACCGCGUGGUUUACUACCCGGCCAGCGGAGGACAGCCAGAUGAAAAAGUGGUCCAGGGGACAGAGAACAGUGUGGAGCUGAACUACCUGAACUCUCUGACCGAGUACCAGGUGGCAGUUUUUGCCAUCUACCGCAGCUCUGCCAGUGAGGCUCUGAGAGGAAGUGCUACCACACUGGCCCUGCCGAUGGUGAACGACCUGGAGUUGUUUGAUAUCACUCACAGCACCAUGAUGGUCCGCUGGAAGGUGGCCGCCGGGGCCACUGGGUACAUGAUCCUGUACGCCCCGCUGACCGAGGGAGAUCCCGCUGACGAGAAGGAGGUGAAGGUGGCGGACUCGGUGAACGAGGUGGAGCUGGAGGGACUGACUCCAGCCACAGAGUAUACGGUGACGGUGUACGCCAUGUAUGGAGAGGAGGCCAGCGACCCCAUGACCAGCCAGCAGACCACAUUGCCACUGACGCCGGCGAGGAACCUGCGUUUCUCAGAUGUGGACCACAGCUCCGCUCGACUCAGCUGGGACGCCAGUUCCAGGAAGGUCAAAGGCUAUCGCAUCAUGUAUGUCAAGACCAACGGAGUCCAGACCAAUGAGGUGGAUGUUGGCAGUGUGACAACCUGGUUGCUGAGAAACCUGACCUCGCUGACGGAGUACACCGUGGGUGUCUUCGCCAUCUACGACGAGGGACAAGCCGAGGCUGUGACUGACAGCUUCACCACAAAGACCGUUCCGGACCCGCUGGAUCUGAAGAGCAGUGACAUCUCAACAGACAGCUUCAGGGUGUCAUGGCAACACGCAGCCUCUGAUGUGGUGUUGUACCGACUCACCUGGACGCCCACCGAUGGAGGAGACAGUGAGGAGGUUCUGGUGGACGGACACAUUAACACCUACCUGAUAAAAGGACUCAGCCCUGCGUCAGAGUACGAGGUCUUGCUUGCUGCGAUCUACAAUAACGAGGCAGAGAGUGAUGAAGUAAUCCUCGUGGAGUCCACCAUUAAAAGAACAACCACAGUCGCUACGACAACCACCACCACAGAAGCUCCGCGGUUUGGAGUGAGGAACAUGAGGAUCGAUGAGGAAACCUCUUUCAGUGUGCGGGUUUCCUGGCAGCCCGUCGACUCCAGAAAUGUCCGACAUUAUCGACUGAACUACGUCAGCUCCAAGGGAGACAGAGCAGAGGAGACGAGGACGGUGCCCACGGGUCAGAGCAGCCUGGUUCUGCAGCCUCUGCUGUCAGAUACUGAGUACAAAGUGGCCAUCACUCCUGUUUACCCUGAAGGAGACGGACCACCGAUAUCACGAAUGGGCCGAACGCUUCCUCUUUCAGCUCCAAAGAACCUGCGAGUAUCAGAGGAAUGGUACAACCGCUUCAGAAUCAGCUGGGAUGUUCCACCUUCACCCACGAUGGGCUACAGGGUCGUUUACCAGCCUGUAUCGGCCCCUGGACCGGCUCUGGAGACCUUCGUGGGAGAAGACGUGAACACCAUGCUGAUCGUCAACCUGCUGAGUGGGACGGAGUACAGUGUCAAGGUCAUCGCCUCCUACACCACCGGAUCCAGCGAGGCUCUUUCAGGACGGGCCAAGACCUUGUACCUGGGGGUGACCAACCUGAACAUAUACCAGGUGAGGAUGACCAGCUUGUGCACCCAGUGGCAGCCUCACCGACACGCCAGCGCCUACAGAGUCGUCCUCGAGUCUCUGCCCAGUGGUCAGAAACAGGAGACGAAGCUGGGUGGAGGAGCCAGCAGACACUGUUUCAACAACCUGAAGCCCAACACGCAGUAUAAGAUAAGUGUGUAUGCUCAGCUGCUGGACGGGACUGAAGGACCUGGAGUCUCUGCGACUGAGAGGACACUACCCGUUCCAACACCAGCACCGACCAAGCCCCCCACCACCACGCCGUUACCCACAAUUCCUCCUGCCAAGGAAGUCUGUAAGGCCGCCAAAGCUGACCUGGUCUUCCUGAUUGACGGCUCCUGGAGUAUCGGCGAUGACAACUUCCUGAAGAUCAUCCGCUUCCUGUACAGCACCACCGGAGCUCUGGACCGGAUCGGCCCAGAUGGCACACAGGUGGCCAUCGUCCAGUUCAGCGACGACGCCCGGACUGAGUUCAAACUGAACUCGUACAACGACAAGGAGCGACUGCUGGACGCCAUCAACAAGAUCUCCUACAAGGGAGGAAACACCAAGACAGGUCGAGCCAUCCAGCACGUGAAGGAGAACAUCUUCACAGCAGCGGCAGGACUCAGGAGAGGAAUCCCCAACGUCCUCGUGGUCCUGACCGACGGCCGAUCUCAGGACGACGUCAACAAGGUCUCUAAGGAGAUGCAGAUGGCAGGUUACAUCGUGUUUGCGCUCGGCUUCGCUGAUGCCGACUACGGUGAGCUGGUGAGCAUCGCCAGUAAACCCAGCGACAGACACGUCUUCUUCGUGGACGACCUGGACGCUUUCAAGAAGAUCGAAGAGAAGCUGGUGACCUUUGUGUGUGAGGCAGCCACGGCCACUUGUCCAUCUGUGCCGAUGAGCGGCAGCACAACACCAGGUUUCCGUAUGAUGGAGCUGUUCGGGCUGGUGGAGAAUCGGUACAACAGCGUCUCAGGUGUUUCCAUGGUACCCGGCACCUUCAACACCUUCCCCUGUUUCCACCUGCACAGUGAUGCUUUCCUGGCACAGCCAACCAAGUAUCUCCACCCUGAAGGGCUGCCCUCUGACUACACCAUCACCCUGCUGUUCAGACUGCUGCCCGACACUCCAGAGGAGCCCUUCGCCCUCUGGGAGAUCCUCAACAAGAACAACGAGCCGCUGGUGGGAGUCAUCCUGGACAAUGGAGGAAAAACUCUGACUUUCUUCAACAACGACUACAAAGGAGAGUUCCAGACGGUCACCUUCGAAGGGCCGGAGAUCAAAAAACUUUUCUAUGGCAGCUUCCAUAAGCUCCACAUUGCGAUCAGCAAGACGAGCGCCAAGGUGGUGAUCGACUGCAAGAUGGUGGCCGAGAAAAACAUCAACGCAGCCGGAAACAUCACCACGGACGGAGUGGAAGUCCUGGGCAGGAUGGUUCGGUCCAGAGGGAACAAAGACAACUCUGCACCGUUCCAGCUCCAGAUCUUUGACAUCGUCUGCAGCACGUCGUGGGCAAACAGAGACAAAUGCUGCGAACUUCCUGGUCUGAGGAAGGAGGCAGACUGCCCAGCCAUGCCCAAAGCCUGCACCUGCACCCAGGACAGCAAAGGCCCUCCCGGCCCUGCUGGACCUCCAGGAGGCCCAGGGAUCAGAGGAGCCAGAGGUGAUCGUGGAGAGCCAGGCCCUGUGGGGCCGACUGGUCCAGUGGGUGAAACAGGUGUACCAGGACCUCAAGGACCUCAAGGACCACAGGGACCCAGUGGACGCACCAUCAUAGGACCCCCAGGUGCUUCUGGAGAGCGAGGACAGAAAGGUGAUGCAGGACAACAAGGAAACCAGGGAAUCCCUGGCAGACCUGGAGGACCAGGCAGAGAAGGACCAGCAGGACAGAGGGGACUGCCGGGCAAAGACGGCCCACAGGGCAGACCGGGUCCUACAGGAACUAUGGGGACUCCAGGAGCCCCCGGGGCCCCAGGAACAACGGGCCCUCCAGGAAAACAAGGAGAGCUGGGACCACCGGGUCCUCCUGGAGGCAAAGGGGAGAAAGGUGAACGGGGAGACCUUCAGUCCACAUCGUCAGUCCAGGCCAUCGCCAGGCAGGUCUGCGAGCAGCUCAUUCAGAGCCACAUGGCGCGCUACAACUCCAUCCUGAACCAAGCACCCAGUCCACCAGUCUCCAUCCGUACAGUACCAGGACCUCCAGGAGAGCCCGGGAGACCGGGAUCUCCAGGGUCUCAGGGAGAACAGGGACCUCCAGGGAGACCCGGUUCACAUGGACAACCAGGAUCAAGCGGACAACCUGGAGAAAGAGGUCAACCAGGUGAGAAGGGCGAGAAGGGAUCUCCAGGUGUCGGAGUCCAAGGCCCCAGAGGACCUCCAGGACCCCCCGGUGCCCAGGGGCAGGGCAGACCUGGCAACCAGGGUCCCUCAGGGCGACCUGGAAAUCCUGGAUCUCCUGGUCGACCCGGGGUUCCCGGACCUGUCGGCUCCUCUGGCCCUCCCGGCUACUGCGACCCGAACUCCUGUGUGGGCUACAAUGUUGGAGAGGGUGAGGAUAUCACUGACGCCGGCCGUCUCUCUGCAGUCCAACUACCGCCCAACGUCUUCCAGAACUACGGCGAGGCCGAGGAGGACGAUCCGUAUCGCUACUACCAGCCCAACUACCCGGCCCCGCGGCCCGUCUCCCCCGACGACCCGGCGCUCGCUCUGGAUGAUGUGGAGCUGAGGUCCCCCGGCGUGCACCGCAGCACCCGGAGCCUGGGAGGUGAGGAGGAGACGGUCGAGCCCAAGAGGAGACUAAAGGGAGGAGCGAAGACGCUGUCUGGACUAAUUAAAUGAGAGGAGGUGAUUGGAGGACGCAGGGCCGCUCGCUGGUUCUGAUUGGGCGGUUUGGAGCCGUUACGGACAAAUCAACAAGUGCCUGAUGUAGAGGAUUUCUUAUGGACAUCGUAGAGGGGCGGGUGGGGGAACAGGCGGGGACGAUUUUAACUCAUCUAUGCUAUUGAAUUAACUUCAAGACAACAAGUUUAUGUUCCAUUUGUUUUUGCUAUUUUUGUUUGAAAUGGACUGAGCUUCACUGGGUUUAUAUUCCACAGUCGUCUCUCCGUUAACUCUCAUCAGAUUCUAAUUAAAUCAAACUGAUUGGAGAACAGGCGCCGGUCCUGUUUCCAGGUUCCAGUCGUGCUGUUUGUUCUUUACCGGGUCGGUUGAAGUGCCUCCGAACUGUCUCGCUAGAAUAUUCUGGAAACAUUUUAAAAUACAGACACAAACUAUCUUCUUAUCAUUUAAUCUUUCAGUUUCGUGACUCCAGAGCUGUCAGCUAACAUCAGGAUACAAACAUAAAGAAAAAGCUUUUGAUUAUGAAUUAAAAUCUAGAAAUGUCAGAUUACGGAGACGUGUGACAGCAGCUGCAGAACAGACGCAACAAGUUUACCGUGAUGAAAACAUUCAGCUUUAACUUUAUUCAUCUUCAGAACACGUGACAGUCCCACAGUCAGACCUUCAGUUUCUGCUGUUUGCCAACAUGAAGCGACUGACAUCAUUUAUAUUAGGAGGUAAAAACUAAAAUGUUUUCAACACCAUUUCAGAUGUUAAUAUCUCAAUGAAUAAUUGGCCUGAAGUGACUUUAAGUAUUUUUAUUGCAUAUAAAAAGUCACAUUUCUUUCAUUUUGAGUCAAUGUGUAGAAUCAAAAAUAAUAAUAAUAUAUUAAGUUUUGUUUGUAAUCCAAAUGUGAGGAGGAGAAAAUCAACAAAAUACUCAAGUAAAGUACAAACACCUGAGAAAUACUCUGAAGCACAGUCACACGUUUACGUUGUUUCAAGUCUGAGUUAAGUUAAUUUAUUCACUUUGACUCAUCAAGAUGGAAACACUUUGCAUUCAGUGUGACACUUUGAGUUUAUGUAAUGAAAUGAAAGGAACAUUUAGACAUAAUUAAAGCACUUAGAGUCAUAUUGUAGUCUGGAGUCUCAGCCUGAUAUAAAGAUGAAAUCUCCUCUGUGUAAUCUAACGAGGACGGGAGCUGAUGUGUUUGCGUCUGUUCUGCAGGACCGAGUCAUGAGACUUUAACCAGCUUCUGUUCAACGUUAUUUAUGUAAAGCUCUGCAUGUUUCUGUUUAUUUACCACGAGAUGUAUCAUUUUAUUUAAUCUCACCAAGAUUAUCGUUUGUUUUUCCUUCAGGUUUUCUAGUUAUCGCAACAGAAUUAAGCUCAAUCUGAUGUCGAUCAGCUGAUGGACGACAGAGUUGUUAUAUUCCUGAGUUUGGUUUCAGUCGUCAGGUUUCUGCUCCGUGUUUAUCUGCCUCCAUUUGUAACUUUUGUCUUUAAGCUAAUUUAAGUUCAACUGUUCAGGAACAAGUCUCAUUAUUUCAUAUUUGAGAAGAGAAACGCAGCAGCUCAGUCUGUUUGAAGUUGAAAUGAGUUUGAAUUCACUUAUACGUUUUGAUUUGUUACAUGUGUUUCAUUGCUGGAGAUCAGUAAUAUAAAGGGAAGUCCGGAUGUUUGGAGCCUCGUGUGUUGGACACGUUUUCUCUUCGGCCAACAUUCAGGCGCACUUGAAACUCAGUUCAGUGUUUCUGCGAGGAGGACGGAGUCGGACGAGGCCGCGGUGUUUCCCUCCACACCCUCCGACCAGGAGAUGUUUGAAAAAUUUAAAUCAAGGAAGUAAUUUAUUUUUUACUUGGUAUUGAUUUUCUCAGAACAAUAAAACUGAAGUACAACCCUC